CCGAUAUUUCUAUACCUCCCAUUGUCAAACCAAUAAAGAAAUGGGACGAUGAAGAUGUUGAUGAAGAUAACAUCAAAGAAAGUUGGGAUAUGGAAUCAUCUGACGAAGAAGAAAAAAAAAAGUCAACUACUCCGGCACCUCCACCAAAAAAGAAAAAAUCAGUUGCGCAACAAAUUGCCGAAAGAGAGGAAUUAAAAAGAAAAGCCGCCGAACAAAAAGCGAGAAUAGGAAUGUUUCAAGGAGUAACCAUAAGAGAAACUGAAGGCCCUCCUUUAGAUAUGACAAUUCCUAUGACAAAUCCCAAGACAAAGGAAGAUUUCGAAGAAUUCUCCAAACUUUUAGUUGACCAAAUUCGAAAACAUGAGAAACAAGGCUUGUAUGUCAACUUUAUUAAUGACUUUAUACGUGAACUUUGUGCUCCCCUUAGAGAUGUUGAUGUACGUAAAUUUGCAAGUAAAGUUAAGCCUGCUCUUCAAACUGAAAAGUUUGAUCUGUAUGAUACAACGGAUUAUGGAAAUUAUGACGAUUUCGAUGAUUUCAU